AAUUUAAGCAUGGAUAAGAAGCCUAAUCCCAGACCAGAAAAGCAGCAAAAGAGGAAGCAGAGGUAUAUAAACUUUAGAAAAGAGAGAAUUAGAGGAAACUGGAAAUUUUUGAAUUAUUACAUUGGUAUCGUGCACAGUAUGGCCUUUAUUAUAGAAGGAGGCCUUAAUGAAUUUAAGACAAUGGAACAUUUUACGUCAGGAGUAGGAGCCUUAGUAGUAUUUGCUAUUGUAUUAGGGUUCUACAUCCUCCAGAAGUACACACAGUCUUACUCAAGAAUAGCAGGGCCAGUUAUCUUUAUAUCGUUUUGCGUCUGGAUGUGAGAAAUUGUUGUUCAGAAUGGAGAGUACAAAAUUUACGAAGGCUGCCUUGUUUUGAUCUCACUUUAUUAUCUCAUCACGAUUUCUAUUGUAGUAGAUUUAGCAAUCAUGCCUUUUAUUAUGAUCGGAUGACAAGUGUACACUCUUUUAAGGUUCUUUACUUGAUUAGAAGAUGUUCCCCAGAUUGCUGUAUCCUGUUAUGUUGCUCCGAUAGUACCCUUCACAAUUUUCUGAAUCAAACUAAAUGAUUUUUCGUGGAAAGAAUUUUUAUUCAUCGAAAGUAAGGAAAAGGUGAUUAAGAAUCUGCAUAAGCUAUUGAAAGCCUUCCCUGAAAGAAUCGCUGUAACAAAAAGAGCCAAAGCUAAGACUACUCUUUCAUUCACCAAUGAUCCAACAAUUGAAGCUUUGCUUAAUCAUAACACUACAAAGCUCAGGGAAAAUAUUACCAGGCUUGAGAAUUUUGAUAUUAGUGAUUCAGAUGAAAAAGUUAAGAACGAGACGAUCUCCAUCAGCAAGUUUCUGAAGCAAGAAAUACAGAAACUAGAAAGCUCUGACACGAACAAAAUAGAGUCCAACAUAAAGGCUGAGUCUGCCCAGGAUUUGGUAAAGGAAGAGAAUAAAUACUACACUGUUACAACGAAGAAAGUUUCACUAGUUGAUGAGUAUGGAGAUGAGGAGUGUAAAGAAUGCAAUGAAAGAACUUUCCUCCAUAUAUUUACUGAUAAAACAUCUUCAGAGGAAUUGAAGAAUGAAAUUGACUUGAAGGCUUACCAAAGACUAAUGUUAUCAAAUGUGGCUCACGAAUUCCGAAAUCCAUUGAGUGCAGUCUCUGGGAAUUUAGAUUUAAUCGAACUGGUAUCUACAGAACAAAAAGUUAAAGAAUUCGCAAGAAGAGCCAAGAUAUCAAGCAAGAUGAUCAAUUUUUAUGUAGAUGAUAUACUUGAUCUUAGUAGAAUAGAAAGAGGAGGAUUUAAUUUAAAUCCUGAAGACUUCAAAGUAAAGGAGCUCAUAAAUGAUGUAAAAGAACUAUAUGAAGGAGAAACAGAAAAGAGGUUUAUUCAAAUGACCUUUAAAAUGACAGACCUCGUACGUCUUCAGACUAUUAAUGCUGAUAAGAGGAGAAUUAUGCAGGUGCUUAUUAAUCUGGUCUCAAACGUUAUAAAAUUUACUUCUAACCUUAUUAAUAUUGAGUUCUUUGAAUUCAAUGAUUUCCAAAUGCAGAAGAGUCAAAAGCUCAAAAUGAUAGAUUUUCAGAGAUUUCCUAAAAAUACAUUCAGAGAUUUACUGGAGGAUAGUAUAAUAAGUUCGCAAGCUAAUGAGUUGGCUUGCAAGAUUACUGAAAAAUACAAAAUAGAUCCUUCAGAGUACCUUUUCGUCUGUUUAACUGAUAAUGGUGAAGGUAUCCUCAAAGAAGACCAGAAGAGCCUCUUCAAACUCUUUGGAAAGAUUGAGAAGACUCACCAUAAGAAUAAGAAAGGUUGAGGACUUGGCCUAACAAUCUGUAAGAAGAUUAUAAAUAAAAGCGAAGGAUUCAUCGACUUAAUCUCAAGCCCAGAAGGGUCGACCUUUGGGUUCUGAAUCAAGAUAGAUAAGGAGAAGUUCUACUUCUCUAAUUUACCUAUUGAGCACCAAGAAGAAGAGUUUAAGAUAAACCCAAUCAGAGAAUUUGAAUUUCAAACCUACAAAUCAAAGGAGGGUUUAUCCUAAUAAUCU